CAGGGUCAUCAGAAGCCUUUCGAUUCAAAAGAUGAUAAUGCUGAAAAACACUGCCCAGUGACAGUGAAUCCUUGGCAUAUGAAGAAAGCUUUUAAAGUCAUGAACGAAUUAAGAAGUCAGAAUUUGUUGUGUGAUGUCACAAUCGUGGCAGAAGACAUGGAAAUCUCUGCUCACAGAGUGGUGCUGGCCUCCUGUAGUCCUUAUUUUCACGCCAUGUUUACAGGUGAAAUGAGUGAGAGCCGAGCAAAGAGAGUUCGAAUAAAAGAGGUAGACGGCUGGACCCUGAGGAUGUUAAUUGAUUAUGUUUACACUGCAGAAAUUCAGGUUACAGAAGAAAAUGUACAGGUACUUCUCCCAGCAGCUGGUCUGUUACAGUUACAGGAUGUGAAGAAGACUUGCUGUGAAUUUUUGGAAUCCCAGCUUCACCCUGUCAACUGUUUAGGAAUCCGGGCUUUCGCUGAUAUGCAUGCCUGCACAGACCUCCUAAACAAGGCCAACACCUAUGCAGAGCAACAUUUUGCGGAUGUUGUACUUAGUGAAGAAUUUCUCAAUCUUGGCAUUGAACAAGUGUGUAGCUUAAUCUCAAGUGACAAACUUACCAUUUCCUCUGAAGAGAAGGUAUUUGAAGCAGUAAUAGCUUGGGUGAACCAUGACAAGGAUGUGAGGCAAGAGUUUAUGGCUCGGCUGAUGGAACAUGUUCGGUUACCUUUGCUUCCUCGAGAAUAUUUAGUUCAGAGAGUUGAAGAGGAAGCAUUGGUCAAGAAUAGCAGUGCUUGCAAAGAUUACCUCAUUGAAGCUAUGAAGUAUCAUUUGCUGCCAACAGAGCAGCGUAUAUUAAUGAAAAGUGUCCGGACCCGACUGAGGACACCCAUGAACCUUCCCAAAUUGAUGGUGGUGGUUGGGGGCCAAGCACCAAAGGCUAUCCGAAGUGUGGAAUGCUAUGACUUUAAAGAAGAACGGUGGCACCAGGUAGCAGAAUUGCCUUCCAGGAGGUGCAGGGCAGGGAUGGUCUAUAUGGCUGGGCUUGUUUUUGCUGUUGGUGGCUUUAAUGGCUCAUUGAGAGUCCGCACUGUAGAUUCCUAUGACCCUGUGAAGGACCAAUGGACCAGCGUGGCUAACAUGCGAGACCGGAGAAGCACUUUGGGAGCUGCUGUGUUAAAUGGAUUGUUAUAUGCUGUGGGAGGCUUUGAUGGGAGUACAGGUUUAUCAUCUGUGGAAGCAUAUAACAUAAAGUCUAAUGAGUGGUUUCAUGUGGCUCCAAUGAACACACGGAGGAGCAGUGUCGGUGUAGGGGUUGUUGGAGGUAGGUGGCUGUUAACCGUUCUUUCAGGUGAGUGUGUCCAGGUGCAUGUGCCUUCUUUUACUAUAGUUUGGUUGUGUUUUAUAGGUGUUGGCGUGUUAAACAACUUACUGUAUGCUGUAGGAGGUCAUGAUGGCCCUUUAGUACGAAAAAGUGUUGAAGUAUAUGAUCCCACCACUAAUACAUGGAGACAGGUUGCAGAUAUGAACAUGUGCAGAAGAAAUGCAGGAGUUUGUGCUGUUAAUGGUCUGUUAUAUGUUGUUGGAGGGGAUGAUGGUUCCUGUAACUUGGCGUCCGUAGAAUAUUAUAACCCAACAACUGAUAAAUGGACAGUCGUGUCAUCAUGUAUGAGUACAGGGAGGAGUUAUGCAGGGGUCACAGUUAUUGAUAAACCAUUAUGAGACUGAAGGACUUUUUGGCAUAUUUACACGUGAGAAACAGGCUUCAACAAGUAUUUCUGAAGUGACUGAGAAUCUAGCACUUCUCCACUUGUAGCUGCACUUUAGGUCUCAGCAGAAGAUAAGAUCGUCUGCCUUUAUAGGCCUCGGAUAUGAAGAUUAUUUUUGGUAGAAGCACCGUGUAGGCUUUUUCUGCAAUGAGCAGCAGCUGACUGAAUUUUAAUAAGAACCCUGGACUGCAGUACUUAUUCUGUAGUCUUUAGACAACAGUUGCUUUCAUAAAGGCUCGUUCUUCUCAUCCUUGAGUGACUAUGGAUUAUUUUGUGAAAGAGGAUAAAGUAAUGUGUGUUCUUGUAAAAUUAAAUUUGAUCUUUUCUUCCUCUACUGUAAAUCUGUAUACCCAGGAACUGAAAAUCUUUGAACAGGUAUUAAAAUCUACGUAAGUAUACAAAGUAGUCGAGGGAUAAAACUGUUUGCUUUUAUAAAAUAUCUUUGAUUACAUGAAUAUUAUAAAUUGUGUGCAUAUGUUGUGUCUAUAUGCUUUUCUUUAAAUAUGUUUGAAAAGAUGUUUGAAACUUGAUUAUACUAUUUAUAAUUGGCAGAGUACUUUGAAUUAUGCCAGUACUACAUUGUAAAACAGAGUUGUAUUUUUUGAUAUUUAACAAUGCUUAACACUUUAAAAUGCCACUUCUGAGGAAUGAACAUGGUGUAACACACUUGAAUAUGUGUGAUGCCAAACUUUUUUAAGUAAAAUAUAAAUUAUGUUUAUUUAUUGUUUUCUUUAGUUUAAUCUUGGUUUUGUUUUGGUGUGUAUUUUUAAUUUUUAAAGUAACACUUUGGCAUGAACAUUACUGCAGGUUUUUGAUGAAUACAAUGAAUGUAUGGAAUUCAACUGAAUUUGCAUGGUCUUAAGAAUUUUUUUCUGUGUGUAUAAAUUUAGCUGCUAUUAACAGAAGAGAGAACUCUCUGUGAGUAGCCAUGUGUGUUGAUCAGAUACAACUUUUCUGAGAUCUUCAAUUAAUCUCACUUUAAAAAUGACCAAAACAUGUCUUUCUUGAAUUAUCUUUGAAUAAAAGUUUGUAUAUUAGU